GCCAUGGUUUACUUCUCCGCCGUUCGCAUAGCCUCCAAGGCGCAGCUUCGCAGGCAAUGGAUGGUCGGACGUCUGUGGCAUUCAACAUCCUCAGCGCCCAAGCUUUCGCCAUCAGCGUCAGGCACUAAAACGAUCUGGGGUACUGGCGCCGUGAUCGCGGCUGGAGGGGGAAUCUACUGGCUCAGCAGCAAGCCGGCCGGCGUCACACGGCUUGCAGUGCCCAUCAUCAAAGCAUCUACUUCAGAGGAGGAAAUCCCCGUGGUGUCGCCAGUAAAAGUACUGGAUCUGGAAUCUGCAAACGCAAAACUGCGGGAGCAGGCUCAGUCGUUCGUCUUUGAUAGCGCAGAUGGGGAACAAGGCCGCCUUGAUGUCGUCCGAGUUGCCAGUAACGACCCAGUGGAGGAUGAAUGGUCCAUGGGUAUUGGAGGCGGAAUACAAGGCGAGAAGACGCUGUAUGCUGGCAUUAUGGAUGGUCAUGCCGGCUGGGCAACGUCAAAGGUCUUGAAAGAAGCUCUUAUUCCGUACGUGUCUUCUUCUCUUGGAAAGAUAUCGUUCAACAGCCCUGAAGACGAUGUCGAUGCUGCGAUCAAAAGGGCUUUCACAAACCUUGACAAUCGCAUCAUGACAAACGCUCGAAGAGCAGCCGAAGCAAGUCAUGAACCGGGCUCUGCUGAAGCCAUUGCGGCUUUAGCUCCGGCUUUGGCAGGCUCUUGCGCGUUGCUUACGAUGUAUGAGCCCAAGUCCUCUACCCUGAGGACAGCUGUUACAGGUGACUCGCGAGCGGUCCUGGGAUCUUGGUCUGCGGCUACUGAAACAUUCUCGGCGCAAGCACUCAGCAAAGACCAGACCGGGUUCAACGAAGAAGAAGUGAAGCGGCUGAAUGCUGAGCACCCGGGUGAGGGAAAUGAUAUUCUCGAUGCUGAAACGGGGAGACUCCUAGGAAUUGCUGUAACCAGGGGAUUUGGAGACCAUCGAUGGAAGUGGACGAAUGAUUUCAUCAGAUAUCUGCAGUCCAACUUUUACGGGAGUGCCCCUCGUCCAAAGUCCAAGACACCUCCCUAUAUGACUGCUUCCCCAGAGGUGACGACCAGAAGGGUCGCAUCCUCAGACUUCGUGAUUCUUGCCUCUGAUGGCUUGUGGGACGUCAUGUCCAACGAAGAUGCGGUGACUUGCGUUUCCCGCUGGCUUGCGGCUCGCCGGAAAGGGAGGCCAGAACAGACGGACGACAUCAGACUCACUGUGCAUACGCUGGAUGAUGAAGGAUUCCUGAGUUACAAGGCAACGCCGGAAUACUUCGCUAUAGAGGAUCUCGACAAUGCGGCUGUGUGCUUGGUCAAGAAUGCUCUUGGGGGAAGGAGAAGAGGGCUCUUUUGCGGCGCAAUGACUGUAGCUACGCCAAUGAGCCGCUACAUGAGAGAUGAUAUUACGGUGCAAGUUGUCUUUUUUAAGGAUCCUUAA